UACGAAACGACGUCGUUUCUACCUCCAUGGCCGGGUCAAAGCAGAGUGUAGCUGAAGAGUUGCUGCUCGUCUCUGUCGUCCCGUGCUGUGAUUAGGCUCAGUCUAGUUGAUGCCUUCGUCCAUCCUAAAUGGCGAACCCUAGGUUUCGACUUCUCCUUCCUUGGAGGAAAUCCUCCAAAAGGGACUGGGCAAUCGCAGCCUUCGGAUUCACCAUCUUCUUCUUCGCUCUCUCUUUCAUCUCCUAUUCACAGAUCUCCACCAAAACCAUCGCACCCCUGGAUUUGGUUGACUUGACAUUGGUGCGCCAUGCCAAGGAUAAAGGCGCCGUUUGUUUAGAUGGUAGUGCCCCUGGAUAUCAUUUUCGAAGUGGUUUUGGAUCUGGCUCUAACAAUUGGGUUCUUCAUAUAGAGGGUGGAGGCUGGUGUAAUACUGUAGCAUCUUGUUUAUUUCGUAAAACAACUGCACUAGGUUCUUCAAACUACAUGGAACGUCAAGUUCACUUUUCCGGAAUUUUAAGCCAUGACUCAUCACAGAAUCCUGAUUUCUUUGACUGGAAUAAAGUCAAGCUGCGGUAUUGUGAUGGUGCUUCUUUUGCUGGAAACUCUCAAAAGAAUGAAACACAACUCUUCUUCAGAGGUCAGCGCAUCUGGGAAGCAGUUAUGGAUGAACUCUUAUCAAUAGGACUGUCUAAUGCUAAACAGGUUCUUCUUUCAGGGUGCUCUGCUGGAGGAUUGGCAACUCUCAUACACUGUGAUGACUUCCGAGGGAUUUUGCCAAAGAAUGCCACUGUCAAAUGCCUUUCUGAUGCAGGUUUUUUCCUUGAUGAGAAAGAUGUUACCGGAAAUCGCAGAAUACGGUCUUUCUAUAGUGAUGUUGUCCACCUUCAGGGUGUAGCAAACAGUUUGGAUAAGGAUUGUGUUGGAAGAAUGGAACCAUCCCAGUGUUUCUUUCCUCAAGAAUUUAUCAAGAACAUAAAAACCCCAGUUUUCCUUGUCAACCCAGCUUAUGAUUUUUGGCAGAUUCAAUAUGUUUUGAUACCAGCUGAAUCAGAUCCUUCUGGCAAAUGGGCAAAAUGCAGACUGAGCAUUCAGAAGUGUAGUUCUGCCCAGAUUGAAAUUCUACAUGGUUUCCGAAAUUCUAUGCUAAAGACACUGAGUGAGUUCCAACAAAACAAGGAUGGAGGCAUGUUUAUAAACUCUUGCUUUAGUCACUGCCAAACAUUGAUGACUGAGACAUGGUAUUCUCCUAAUUCUCCCAGAAUCAACAAUAAGACCAUUGCAGAAUCUGUAGGUGACUGGUACUUCAACCGAAAAUUAGUGAAGCAAAUUGAUUGCCCUUAUCCAUGUAAUCCUACUUGUUAUAACAUGGACUUUACUUGACAUCGAUGAAGCUCAAUGUGUCAUCAAUUUUGUUGCUGAUAUCCUAAAGAUGGACUUUGCCGAGGUUGAUGAACCUCCAGAUGUCUUGAGGCUGCUUCUCUAUCCCCACUCGUUAGCCUGGAGGAAAUUCUUCCCCCGUAUCCAGGGCAAGAUCCAGCCAUUGAAUAUGGUUUGAUUUUAUCAUUGACAUCAUCCCUUUCCAGCCAUGAAAAACACAUUAUUGUAUAAUUUGCUGCUUUUUUACAGAUUGAAAUCUUUGUCUACCCUUCUUGAUGAAGUCAUUAGUGCUUUCAUGGGAGAAGUUAUGAUAUUUAAACCCACAUUGAUUUUUUCUUUUUCUUUUUUCCUGUCCUGCAUCUUAUUGUACUCUGGAGUUUAUCAGUCACUUAUAUAUGGUGUUUUGUUCCUAGUUAACUUUGCAGAACUGUGUUCUUUUUGAAUCAAGAAGCUUGUUUGUUAA